UCUAAUUCAUGUUUCCUGUUUUUGGGGUCUUGAGUAAAAGGGAAUCUCUCCUGGUUUUAUCAGCUCUAUUCUCUUUUUAUGCUCCCCUCUUUGUUCUCCACAUCUAAAAAAUCGCCUUCCUAUCAAGUCCUAGACAAGAGAUAGAAAGAGAAAGGGAAAGCAAGAAGAACCCACUAAGCGUGCAAAAAACCAAAGGAAAAGCUAGAUAAGAACCCACCCUCUUAUCAUAGCUCUCUCUAUACUUUUGCCCUUUGAGUUGUUAAAAACACUUUGUUCUUUUCGGGGUUUCCCUUCUCUUGGUGGGGUUUCUAUUUUAAAGAAGUGUUUUUUAUAUUGCGUUUUUUGGUGAGGCUUUUUCAGUUUAAAGGAGUUGGUUUUAGGGAAUUUAAUGGUUAAGACUCUCUAAAGCUGGACAACCUCUUUGCGUUGGUAGCUAACAUCUUGAGAGUUGUAUGACUUCUUCCUUACAGGGUUUUUCAUAGCCAGAAAGUUUGCUGAUUUCUAGAUGUGGGUCUUCAUUGUUUUGAGCUCUGGUUGAGUGAUUCCUUUCAAGUUUGUUGCUAGUUCUUGGUCUUCAAAUUUACAGAGAAAAAGGUGAUCUUUUUGGGUUAGCAGCAUAUCUAUUCCAUCCGGUUAAGGAGAUGGAGAGCGGUUGCUUGAAGAAUGGUGAAGCAUGUCCUCAACUUCUUGAUUUGAUUCCUCAACAAAGACAGUGGCAUAUGAAGAGAGAAGAUGAGAGAAGGCGUGGAUCCUCAGAGGAGAAGAAGCUGGAACUGAGGCUUGGACCCCCAGGUGAAGAUAACUGGUCCAUCAAAAUAGACGCCACCAAAAGCAACAACAAAGAAAGAGAUGAGUCUUUGCUCUCACUUGGGUACUUCUCUUCAAUGAACAGCAAUGCAAAACAGACGCAUACAUUUCCAACUCCAGAGGACCACCCGGUUGGGUCAGUUUUAUCCUCUCCAUGGGCAAAUACCCACCAGCAUAACCAUCAACCGCAGACAAAGCCUCCUUCAUUUCUUCAGUUCCCAUCAACAGCCCCACAGACCUUGCCUGUUAUAGCAAAGGAAUCGUCACAGCCCUGUUGCACUAAAGCAGUAGAUUUGCAUAAUGCAGAGAGAACAGCAUUUUCACCGCCUCCUGCCAAUACAUCUGUGCUUCUCAACAGUUCUCAGAAAAGAACUGCCCCUGGUCCAGUUGUGGGUUGGCCUCCGAUUCGUUCUUUCAGGAAAAAUCUUGCAAGCAGCAGCUCUUCGAAACUAGCUUCUGAAUCACCAAGUGUGGUCGCUCACAAGGUUGCUAAUGAAAAAGCAGCAGCUGAACCUACUGGUAAAGGCCUAUUUGUGAAAAUCAACAUGGAUGGAGUUCCCAUCGGAAGGAAAGUGGAUCUCAAAGCCUAUGACAGCUAUGAAAAACUGUCAACUGCUGUUGAUGAACUCUUCAGAGGCCUCCUUGCAGCUCAAAGAGAUUCCUGUGCUGGUGGAAUAGUGAACAAGCAGGAGGAAGAGAAAGUGAUUACAGGCGUAUUGGACGGAAGUGGGGAAUAUACACUAGUUUAUGAGGAUAACGAAGGAGACAGGAUGCUUGUUGGGGAUGUCCCAUGGCACAUGUUUGUAUCAACAGUGAAGAGGCUGCGCGUGUUGAAGAGCUCCGAACUAUCUGCGCUUAGCCUCGGAAGCAGUAAGCAGGGAAAGAUGCCCGCUUGACUUUGCGUCUGAAAACAUGAGAGUUUUCAGCUGAAGAUUCUCCAACCAAAGUUUGAAGAAAAGAACUUGGAAUUAUGUUCACGUUUUGACAUUUUGGUCCCCUCCUUUUGCAUGGAACUUGUUGCACUCACAGUAUAUAUAUCUAUCUAUCUAUAUAUAUAAGUAGUUUUAUGUGUAAUUUUUGACAUCUUUCCCUUUGUUUAACAUGCUCCUUUCUACAUUAUUGUCAUUUAGAACGAUGCUUAAAUAGCGAUAUCUUGAGUUUGAUGUGUAA